AUGAACAAGGGAACAGGGAAGCCACCUGCUCUGGCCUUUGAGGUGGAAGAAAACAUGACUCCGCUAAUCAACCAGGCAUGUGAUGUCCUGCUGAGUAACUUAAAGGUCUAUGCAGAUUCUGGCAGAGCUUUUGACAUCCAAAGGAAUUAUGGCUGCUUUACUCUGGAUGUUGUUGCUAGUGUGGCUUUUGGUACCCAAGUGGACUCCUACAAGAACCCAAAUGAUGCUUUUGUUAAGAACGCAAGAAUAUUCUUUGAACCUCUAUUGUCUAGACCUCUCUUAAUCCUUACCAUUGCAUUUCCAUUCAUCAUGAUCCCCCUGCUACGGAUUUUACCAGAUAAGAAGCGAGCUGAGGUGAAUGGAUUUUUUAUAGACACCAUUAAGAAUAUGAUUGCUUUGAGAGAUCAGCAAGACCCAAAUGAGGAUUUUCCUGAUUACCAAAGCAUACAUGAACUCCCAUAUUUGGAUAUGGUGAUAGCAGAGACUCUCCGUAUGUACCCACCUGCAUUCAGGUUUACCCGGGAAGCAGCCAAAGACUGCUUUGUGCUGAAACAACAUAUACCUGCUGGUGCUAUAGUAGAAAUUGCUGUUGGUCACCUCCAUUACAAUCCAGAAAUCUGGCCAAAACCUCAGAAAUUUAUCCCUGAGAGGUUUACAACUGAAGCCAAGCAGAAGCGCCAUCCCUUCUCUUAUCUCCCCUUUGGAGCUGGACCUCGCAGCUGCAUUGGCCUGAAGCUGGCUUUGAUGGAAAUAAAGAUAACACUUCUAAGAAUUCUGCAGAAGUUCAAGUUCCAAACAUGCCCAGAAACCCUGAUUCCUUUGCCGCUGAAAUCUCAAGGCACAUUAGGACCUCUGAAUGGCAUCUACAUCAAGAUGGUUUCUCGAUAAUGAGGAAAAUCAACACUCAAUCUGCUUUCCAAAAAAAAAAAAACCAGCUUGCUGUGCAGUAUCUCGAUCUGUGCUGGGGGGAAAUGUACAACGGGCUUUCUUUUCCUUUUCUAGAAGUAACCAAACUUAUAACCCAGGCAUACUGGAAUUUUGUUGUUGUCAUGUGCCUACAAGUCAUUUCUGACUUAUGGUGACCUUAAGGCAAACCUAUCACAGGAUUUUCUUGGCAGAAUUAGUUCAAAAUAAGUUUGCCCAUACCUUCUUCUGAGGCUAUACCCAAGGUCACCCAGCCGGUUUCCAUGGCUGAGUAUGGAUCUGAAGCCUGAUCUUCCAGUGUCCCAGUUUGACAAAAUCUAGGUAGUUCAUGGGAAGGGGGCUCAUUGUGAUAAACAGAGCAAAUGUGAUGAUGCACAUGGGCAAGAAGCCUGUGUGUCUGGUUCCAAAUCCUGGCACUGAGGAGCCAGUUCAAACCAUUAAAUUGCUCAUAAUUGGGUAUGCAAGUCUGGUUUGUUAGCUAACAGCUUCCCAAUUCAGAAAGUAACAAACCACUCUGUCUCAAUGGAAGACAAGAUGGUUAAAUUUGACACACCACAAGGGAAGAGGAAGGCCAAGAAGAACACCCACAGUGCAUCCAUACUGUAUAAAUAACACAAUUUGACACCACUUUAACUUCCAUGGCUCCAUCCUCCUAUAGAAUCCUGGGAUUUGUAGUUUUGUAAGGCACUAGCACAGAAGGCUUGACCUUGAAAAGCUAUAAUACUCAGGAUUCCAUAGGGCGCAAUUACAGUAUUUGAAGUGGUGUCAAACUUCAUUAUUGCCACAGUGUAGCUGCAUCCCUCCCAAUUUCAGUUAUUACCCCCAGAUUCAUAAACUUUGGCAUAUGAAACCUCAACUGAUUGACCAAAUUGGGCCAAGUUUCCAAGGUAUGUACUGCAUGAUGCCUCACUUUUUGUACUUAGCUGAGUUUGACAUUUUCUGUUGGCUUAAACACAUUAAAAAUUACUGAACAUCCCAGCCUCCACUCUUAAUAACACUCCUGAUUUGAUAUUUACAGUCCAGGC